CGCUCUUUGCCGUCUGGUGCCAUUCCAUCAAGGCGCGUCGACUUGCAUUUUCUUCCUGUAUUUCGCAGGUAAGCUGGCGUUGAGGCGGUCGCUCGCAGCAUUUGGCUGAUUGUUACGAAAGCUCCUAUCGGUCUUUGAUCCUGGAAGGUGUGGACUAUCCUUACCGUUCGUUGCCCCUCGAUCAUCCAGUCUUGGUCUGUCUGUGCGUCUCGUCAUUGCCGAAGCCUCUUAAUCCUUUAAUACGCCAAGGCUACUCUGCGUUGCUGAUUCACCAGCACACCCUUUUCUUCGUCUUUUGCACAUAUAUUAUUGUACACUUCAUCAUCUACAAUCACGAGUAUGGACGCUGGCGGUCUUGCUCAAAUGAGCUACAACUCUUCUUUCAAUAAUGGCGGUUCCCUCGGGGUUCCUGGGGCCAGCUUCGGCUCUCGGCGGAAGGGUUCCCAUAUCAAGCGACUGAGCGUACCCCCGCCGCACAUCGCGACCAUUGAUGAAUCUCAGCCUUCUGCACCCGUCCCGACGCCACGCACUAGCCGUUCUCAUCUAUUGGCGGGACUGAGGACCGCACCGAAGUCCGCGACCGUGCCGUCUGCAGUUCAACGCCAGCAGCACCUGGGUUACGAAGGCGACCGGUAUGGCAAUCCUUCGAACCGAGCUACGGAGCGUGUCCCUCAAACCGCCAUGGGAACCGGUUUCCCACGCCACUCACUAGCCACAAAUCAGAAUGUGGACAUGAACACGGGUCGUCCUAUGUAUACUUUGCCGGAGCAGGUGCUCGCACCUCCGGCUAUCGACAUCGCUGGCGAUAUGCCAAUGGACGAUAACCUGUAUGCGGAAUUGAUGUCGACCAACCUCUUUCUUGCGGCUCAGCAACAGCGCCUGCAGCAGCAAUUGAUCAGUGUGACUGCAGCAGCCCAGCAGUUCCAGGGCAUGACCUUGGGUGGACCUAUGGCUCAGCAGCAACAGGAAUACCCUGCGCUUUCGGUUCCCAGCAUGGGCUUCUACCAGCAACAGCUUCAGCAGGGUGUGCAGCCGAUCGUGCAGCCGGUGCCAGGUCAGCCCGGUCUCUUCUCGGUCUACAACCCUCUGACCGGCCAGCAAAACUUCAUCUAUGACAACACCUUCCAGCAGGAAAGCUCCACUACCCCCUACCACGAGGAGGAGCCUUCGUUCCCAUCCGUGCAAGUGCCCACGUUCAGAGCCGAGGUUUCUCCCCCCGAGUCCCACCAGUCCCCUGUCAGCAUUGGUGAGCCCGUGUCUCCUCCACGGUCGAGCCCGUCGCCGCCUCAGGACGUCGCUCCUCUGCCCCCGCCUUCAAUCAACGCAUUCCGUCGGGGACACAAGAAGAGCUCUUCUUUCAGCCCUGCACUGAAACUGCCCAUCGACACCAUCAAAGCCAACAGCCAGAUCGUGGCGCCUGGUCCUAAGACUGCUGCCUUGCCUCAGACCCCUGCAACAGGAACUUUUGGCCCUGGCCAAGCUCGUGCGGGUGAGCAUCCCACUCGUCAGCCUCGCGGCCCUCCUUCCCUGGAAGAGCUGGUUGCGAAGCCCACCUCCAAGUUCGAAGGCAGCAAGAACUUUGCCACGCGUCAGCGACGUCGGGCCGUCCACAACUUGGUGCGCGCCGGCAUCGAGCGCCGCGGUGACACUCGGAGCUUCGGUUGCCAUAGCAGUGGUGGCACGAACACCCCCGCCAGUGAGAAGGAGUUCACGUUCUCCGAUGGAGAUGAUGCCACUGUGCGUAGUGGCAGUCUUUCCAGCAAGCCCAGCUUGGGCAGCCUCCGCGCAGCUGCCAAUGGUGCAAUUGGUUCCGAGAGGAAAGAAAGGUCUUCUCGUGAGCGCAGAUCGCAGGAUAGCCCCUACAACACGACCCCUAUCAGUGAGGAUGGUGGGUUCUUUGGAGGAAAGUUUGCGGACGUUCGAGCGGAUCAGGGCUCUCCUCGAACAGGCUCCCCAUCGGUUGCUGCUGUCGUCGCUGGCCAGAAGACGGUAGCUCAGGGUCAGGAACGGCGCAAGACCCCUAUGCUUGUGCUGUCCAGCGCUGAGAAGCGUAAGACCCCCACCAUCAUGUAAUGUGAACGCCGUACAUAAUGUGACUUGAAACGCGCUACGGGAUGUGCCAAGCUUGGAUGAUUUCUUUAUUUCUUACUUCUGGGGUGUUUUUGAAGCAUGUUGAUUCUAUUAUUUCCUGGUUCCGAAGACAAGAUGCUUAAUUUUGUGAUGUCAACGCAUGGCAGACCUGGUCCGGAGUGAUCUUCUGUCUAUGUUCCUU